AAACAUACACAAAAAAUGGAGCUCUGCACAGAUGAUGCGUUCCCGGAAAAACAACAUCAUCCAUUUCUCCACAUUCGUUCUCGUCGUCUACAUGUUGUUCUCAUGUUAAUGUAUGCUUUUUUCUGUAUGUGUCAAAUGACAGCUCACAUCGGAUUAUCACUAUCAUGUAUGUGCAACUCAACGGCGGUGGCCCUGAUGAACACGAAUAAUGCUACAUUGGUGGAAGGUACCGAGUCAACGAUUCUGAUGUCAAUUUUGGAAAACAAGACAUCAGAAUCGCAAGAACUUGGUGGAGGAGAUGAUGGAGAAAGUUGUACGAAAUUAGAGGGGAAAGUUAUCAAGGAUUAUGGUGGAACGUUCAUCUGGUCAGUCAGUUGGCAAGGAUACAUUGUCUCGGCUGCAUUCCUUGGUGGAUUCAUAUUCUCUUAUCCUGCUGGAGUCUUGGUAGAUCGGUUCUCAGCACGACACAUUCUCUCUGUUGCAAUUCUGAUGCUCACGAUUGCUUCCCUUUUGAUGCCAGUCUUGUCCAUUUAUAUAGGGGAGAAAGGUGCUUUUGCCGGUCGAUUUGUGAUGGGAAUCAGUGAAACGAUGCUCAUUCCUUCAAUCAAUUCCAUGGUGACAAAAUGGAUUCCAAUUAAUGAGAAGAGUCUUGCUGCGUCCGUUUUCACCGCUGGAAACCAACUUUCUGGAAUGUUUGGAAACAUUUUGGUUGCAGAGCUUUGUGCAAGUUCAUUUGGAUGGAGCUCUAUUUUCUACAGUGCAAGUCUUUUUGGAAUCUCGUGGUUGGUUUUAUGGCAUUUGACUGUUCGUAACUCGCCACACAAUACACGAUGGAUUCACAAAAGAGAACUUGAUUACCUGGCAAAUAAUAUUCCUCCAAAACAUCCAUCAUCAGUUGUUAAGAAAACACCAUGGAGAGAUAUGUUGACAUCGAAGGUUUUCUGGAGUUUAAUGUUCAACAGUGUCAUGGGAAAUAUGAUGAUUGCGUUGAUUUUCGUCUACAUUCCAGUUUACUUCAAGGAUGUACUCAUGCUGGAUGUACAAUCGAACGGAUUCUACUCAGCCAUUCCUCACAUCUCCAAUCUUAUUGCAAAACUCAUUUGGGGAUACCUCAUGGACAAAAUGAGACAUAAGAAAAUACUCUCCCCAUCAGCAACUGUGAAACUGUCUCAAUUUGCUUCAAUGAUGGGAAUUUCAGUUUCUUGCUUCUUCCUCAGAUAUAUGAAUUGUGCCACACCAUUCUACGCACUUGUUCUGCUGAGUUCUGUAUCUGCAUUCUUCGGGCUGUCGAUUUCUGGUUUCUACACAUCGCUCCUGUCAAUUGCGCCAUCUCAUAUCGGAACACUCACCAGUCUUGCAACUGUUAUCGGUUUCGUCGGCCGAAUGUUCACACCUCUCAUGAUCUCAUAUUACAAGACUGUUGGAACUGCUGAAGAAUGGGGACACGUUCUUUUAAUUUAUGUGUUUGCAAGUGCCACUGGUGGAAUCAUUUUUUUGCUCUUCGGCUCAGGAGAUGUUCAGAACUGGGACUACUCAAAACGUCACAACACAGCUAGGCCAAACGCUUUAGUGGCACCAAAAUCAGACAAGGAUCUCGAAGAUUUCUAAAUUAUUACCCAAUUUAUCUUUAUUUUUUUGAUUAUUGCCUUUCUAAUUGUAUGCUUUGUUCUUUAUUUUUGUCCGAUCUGAUUCUCAAAAUGCGCGUCUCGCUUAUUCAAUUUUCCAGUGUUCGGGUGAUUUAAAAGGCUUUAUUAAUAUCAAUUGAAUCAAAAUUGUGUUGUUUUUUUUGCAUGUGAUUUCUUACUGAAAGUAUGGAUAUUUUCAUGAAUCGAUAAAUAUAUUUU